AUGGGGUCUACCGAAUUUGGAAACUUUCAUGACUUUUGCAGAGAUUCUACUCUCCCAGUUUGUAAUCUUCUGUCCGAAAACCACGACCAAAAUGGCAAUUGGGGAGGAUGUGAGCUCACGGGUAUCUCCCUGAGCGGAGGCCGACAUCUCGGAAACUUGGGAUCCAUCAUCCUCGCCGGAUUCGCCAUCGCCACCGCCGGCUUUCUCUUGCUGCGAUCAGAAAAGAAGCGAGCAGCUGUUGGUCGAAGGGAAAUGCAGUUGUUCCUCAUCGGCUACAUCAUCAUCAGUAUAUGCGAGAUCUUUUCCGUGGGAGAGUUUCCUCUGAAUAGCACCGUGAGAAUUGCUUUCUCCGCUAUUCAUAUUGGCAUGAUCAUUGCCACUUGUUGGAUCCUAAUGCUCAAUGCAGUUGUUGGCUACCAGAUCAUCGACGACGGAACCCCCCUCUCGAUCGCCCUCAUCGUACUCUCGGCUGGUAUCUUGCUUGUUGGAACUGGUUACAUCGCCCUCGACACUGGCCUCUCGUGGACCGGCUACUGGGAUGAUAGCUACAAGAGUCCCGAUAACCGAAACAUCGCCCUCUACGUCCUUUAUCAGCUUGUUCCUCUGAUCUUCAUCGUCGCCUUCCUCGUCCUCGAGACCAUUCUUGUUAUCCGAAUCCUUGGCGAGACACGUCCUAUGAUAUAUCUGGCCGCCGCAGCGCUCCUCUUCGCUUUCGGCCAGGUCUUCAACUACGCUGUUAGCAAGUACAUCUGUGAAGGCUCGAGCGGCAAGGUCGACGGCUCUCUUUUUCAGACUUUCUUCACGCUACUGGCUGUGAUCAUGAUUUGGAUCUUCUGGUCCAGCAUUACCGAGGACGACUGGCCAAUGCCCGUCACCAACACCUACCCUUAA